AUGGAAGUUGACGCAGUCAGGAAGAAAGAGAAGAGUAAAUCGGGCAAAGCGCGAAGUGUACAAGAUGACAAGUUGGUUUGUGCCAACUGCAAGAAGAACAAGCCCACAUUCUUCAAAUCGUCGAAAUGCUUCGGCAAAUAUUGCACCGAUUGUUUCAAAUUGGACCAUGUCAAGAGGCAGAUCGAGAAGGAGAAAGAGACAGCCACGAGGAAGAAGGACGCAAAGAAAAAGGACGACGACAAGAAGAACUCUGACACUGAAGAAGAAAAGAAGCCGAAGAAGAAAAGCUCUUCCUCUAAGACUAAGGGGAAGAGUAAGGAGACAGCUGCGUAUAUUAGCGACUGCAGCAAUCACUCGGAAAGUGAGCCUGAUGCAUCCGAGUCGAAUUCAGAAGAAGAUUUUGCCAUGAUCCUCUCAAGGCUCAGGCGCCUGAGGGCAAAUGGAUCCAGUUCAUCAAGGAAGGCAGGAGAGGGCUCUUCACGAAGGGAUCAGAAGGGUUUUCUCAAAGGGGAUCUGUAG